AUGGCACUUGCCUCUCCUUCACAUAGUCACGUCGGGAACCUCGUCUUUGGCCAUGAUGGUCUUGACAGUUCCUUAACCUACGACUCUGGCUCUGAAGCGCUUGGCGCGAACGAUAGUAGCAUAGGAGGGGGCAGUACAGACAAAAAAUCUAUGUAUGUUCAACUCUUUGAGGAGAUGCUGCAGACUGUCGUCGAUACAGAGCCGGAGCUAUUUGACCACUAUGAGCUCACGGCUUUUAUGAACUACAACGAAUUUUCUUACGCUGCCAAGUACCUCCUCGUCCGCCUAUCUCUCCGCAAGACCGACAAAUGGAUCAAGUUCGCGGAUCUCAAGUAUGAAAGCGAACUAGGGUCUGACGGCAUACGUGAGGCCAUGAAGGAACUUUGCAAAAAUACUCGAGCCAAAUUGUUCGGCGAGGUUGCUGAGGACGUUAAACCGAACAUACACGAUCCCGGGCCAGAAGUCAUUGACUUAACGCACGACGAAGAGGACGAAGAGGACAAAGACAGUCGAAGAGUCGAAUUAGCUAGUGGGCCAGGUCAAGAAGAGCCUGCAAGACCCAGUUACGAUAUUUUCGCUCAUGAUGAGACUCAUGCGGACUUAUUUGAGCUGCUGGACUGCCUUCAUAUCGACGAAUUGAAGGACUUGACGAAGCAAAUGAAGGCCAAACCGAAGGGGAACAGUAGGGACGCACUCAUUGACUCGCUCCUCUUUUCAACAUCCACUCAGCAGACUUUGUUUUUUCCUACCUUUGCGAUACCAGACAAAGGCAAAGUCAAAUCGGAGGAGCUAGGCAUGCACCAGAGGACCUUGCAUGGUUUUAUUGAUUCGCAUAGCCCUGCUAAGAAGAUGUCGCAUCAGACACUUAUUCAUAGCUUCACCGGAGCAACGAAGGGCGCCCAACGGAAGACUACACAAGACCGGCUCAGAGAGCUGGUCCUAGAAAAGAUCGUCGCUUGCAUUAAACUCAAUGAAGACAUCGUCCGUCUUUUCAGACGGGUCAAUCUUGUCUACUUUCGAAGUACGGUCCCAACACCGCUGCUCACGCCAUCUAUACUUGCUCGCGCAAAGAAAUGGUCCUACGCCCACCAGGCUGGAGAACAAGCCCAUAUACCCAUCAACCCAUCUAUACCCUCCUCGAAUUCCUCAACACUCCCUUCGGUAUCGACAUCGACAUCGACCCUUGGCUCUUCGUCGGCCUGCCCUUCUACCUCCCCGUCACCACCUUUAGGCCCCUCCUGGGCACGCACCCAGUACAAGCUCUGGCCGGUUCGCGACGCAUUGCUCCGCUACGAACGGGCUCUCGAACUUGAGGCACGCGUUGAUGAGAUUCUCGGCACAACGUCCUCGUCAGGUGCCCGCCGCGUCGUGCCGCCGUCCAUAGCAAGGAAAGGCAAGGAGCGAGCACACACGGGAUCUGUACUGUCAGCGGUCGGACGAACGACGCCGGCCGGCGUUACAGUGUCGGUUUCGCCAGAGAAGGGGCGGCUCAGUGUUACGUCGGCUGCCUCUACAUCCAUAGCAGACGAAGAUGUUUUCCCAGCUAUCAAUGAGGAGGUCAAUGAUAAUGCGCGAGUGCGCGGGGCGAGGGAAGUGAAGAAAAUUUUUGAAGAGGUUUGGCCUGAGUGGCUGCAAAUCCCUGAGGUGAAAGACGAGUUGGAAAGGGCGAAUAGAGAAUUAGAGGGAGGCGACGAAGUGGAAGCUGGAGAUGAAGUUGAAGCGAAGAUGGACGAGCAGGCGGACGGCGAGGAGCAAGAUGCCGAGGGACCCGCCGUCAAGAUUGAGGAAGCCUGGGACGCCUUCGCUAGAGAUCGGCUAGUCGGUCUUGGCCCCCCUGAGAAAUCGAACAACAACAAGGAUGAAGAUGAUGUCAUUAAAGAGCGAAUUGAACUCGAGAGUGCGAACGCCGAGCCAGAGAAGUGGGUCAGUCGGUUCCACUACGGCCAUAUUCUGACACGCAUCGUCUGCAAAGGCGUCCACGCAUUGUCGAUUCUCAAAGACCACGAGGGCGAGCUCAAAAUACUCGGAAUGCUUCUUUCACAGCGAGCUUUCCGUCGUGGCCGUAGGGGACGUUGGCAUGAACGGCGCGCGUUGAUUCUCAUGGUCCACUGCGAGAAGGACGAGGAAACGACUCGACGCGCGUGGCAUGCUGUGUUCGAAGCCCUGAAGGACGAGGAUACGCAUGUCGGCGAGUCUUUAAUAAUUUCAUGUCUAGGGGAAACUGUGCUUAUUAAGAUUGUUAAAGUGCACCGCCCGGCGCUCCGGCGCAGAUUGUUCAAGCUUCAGAAGAGGCUCCGCCAGCUCGGCGUGUCAGAUAUCAACUUCGUCGAGAUUGAUGAUCCGGCGCAGAGGAAGCCAGUAGAGGUCUAUAUCGAAGGCAAGCGCAUAAAUACGCUUUUGUACGCGGCUGGGGAUCCCAUUGCAUCUGCCAAGGUAGCGAAGAGUCGCGGGAGUGGGGUGAACAAGCGGCGGAAGGUCGAAAGGGAGGAUAAAAAGCAGAUGAAGUUACCCUUCAUGUUUGCUGCUGUCGCUCCCGUUGAAAAACUGGUGCCUGUGUUAGAUGCGAAGCCGAAGAGUUCCACAGGCAAGACCGUCUGGCGAGGACGAGAUCGUGAAGAGGUCAGCGUGGAGAUGUUCGCGCUUCAGCACUACGAGGCACAGGGCUAUAAAGGCUUACACUCUGAAGGCCGCGUCGUGACCACGCUAUUCGGCCUACUCUUCUGGGACAUCAUCUUUGCACCUGUUUCUGGUGCGUUCGAGACGCCGUACCAAUCUGCACCGCUCGAUAUUGCGGAGGACUCGUUCUACCUUGCCCGACGUACACUUGCUGAUGCACGGCUGAAGGACAUCGAAACCGGGAAAGGAUUAGAAGUACUCCUUCGGACGUGGGAUACGCAUAUGAAGAAAAAGACGUUUUGCAUAGGCGUGCAAUGGGAGCUGCUCCAAAAGGAAGCUUUUGUGGAGAUUAUGGAGUGCUUCAAACCCAUCUGUCUUUCUGUCAUCUGCCGGACCCUGCUUGAAGAUUACGCGAAUCGCACCGGCGGGCUGCCUGACCUGUUCCUCUGGCAUCCGACGGAGAAAUUGUGCAAGUUUGUCGAAGUAAAGGGGCCUGGCGAUAAUCUACAGGAGAACCAGAAACUCUGGAUUGAUGUCCUCUUGCAAGCCAAGAUUACAGUUGAAGUCUGUCAUGUCGCUGAGCGCGGUAAAUCGAAGCUUAAAGGCAAGACGAAGACAAAGAAGACCCCUGAGAACACGGGUGAGACACCCACUCCUGCCGCUGCCUCCAAGAAGCGCAAGCGUGCAGACGAUAGCGACGAGGCUAGCGAGUUUCUCUUACGAGAUUCUGAGGGCGAAGUUGCGGAGGAAGUGGACUAUUCGCAGCUCGACCAGGACGUCGCCGAUGAAGCUGAAGUAGAAGUCGUUCGCGUGCAAGAGAUAAAGCACGAACCACGGAGAUCGAUGAGGGCGCGCAAGCCCGUGAACUACGCUAUCGUGUUACCGAUAGAGGAGCCGGAUGCAGUUGUGCCAGGGGAGAUUGGGCCCCACGGGGGGAGCCCAGUUCAGCGCAAGCGCAAGCAUGGAGACGAUAACGACGAGACUAGCGAACCACUCUUGAAAAACUCUGAGGGAGAAGUUGCGGAGGAAGUGGACUAUUCGCAGCUCGACCAGGACGUCGUCGAUGAAACUGAAGUAGAAGUCGUCAGCAUGCAGAAGGUCGAAGAGGCAAAGCGCGAACCACGGAGGUCGAUGCGAACGCGCAAGCCCGUGAAUUACGCUAUCGUGUUGCCGAUAGAGGAGCCGGAUACAGUUGAGCUAGAGGAGGUCGAGCCUCGCACAGGGGGGCCAGUUCAGCGCAUGCAGAACGUCUACUCGCUGCAGAGUUCUCAAGAGCUGAAGAGGACGCAGGAGAUUGUCACGCGGCCCGGGGACGAUGCCGACGUUGAAAAUGCACAAGGCCUCCUGGAAGACUCUCCAAGAACACGAACUCCCUCUCGGGGGGCGAGCUCAAGGAUGCAGGUCGAGGUGCUUAUCAAGACACCUUCGCCGCGGAUGAGGAAACGAGGCGGGUCGUCUGCAUGA